CGCUCCCGCAGGUGUUCGGAUCGGUCCCCGACAGCGACGGAUUAGGGUUUUCGAAUGCUUUUUUUAGGAUCGCCAGCGAAUUCGAUGAAUCGCCGGCGUUUAGUCUGCAGCCUGUCGACGUGUCCGUCGAUGUUAAACCAUCGAUGCAGAUGGUGAAAUCGAUCGAAGUUGACGAUGAAGUUCACCUGGUACUUGCUCAUCAAAAUUACAAAGCUGGGAAUUAUAAGCAGGCAUUGGAGCACUGCAAGGCAGUUUAUGAUAAGAACCCGCAACGCACUGACAAUCUUCUAUUACUUGGAGCGACAUAUUAUCAGCUUCAUGAUUUUGACAUGUGCAUUGCAAAGAAUGAGGAAGCUCUUGCCAUUGAUCCACGUUUUGCUGAAUGCUAUGGCAACAUGGCAAAUGCGUGGAAGGAGAAAGGCAAUAUUGAGCUUGCUAUCCGUUAUUACCUUGCUGCUAUUGAGCUCCGUCCCAACUUUGCCGAUGCUUGGUCAAACUUGGCUAGUGCUUAUACAAGAAAAGGAAGACUUGAUGAGGCAGCCCAGUGUUGUCGGCAGGCCCUUGCACUGAAUCCACGCUUGGUUGAUGCUCAUAGCAAUCUUGGAAACCUCAUGAAAGCGCAGGGACUAAUUAACGAAGCUUACAGCUGCUAUCUUGAAGCACUGCGAAUACAACCUACUUUUGCAAUUGCUUGGUCUAACCUCGCUGGCCUCUUCAUGGAGGCUGGAGAUUAUCAGAGAGCCCUUCUAUACUAUAAGGAAGCAGUCAAACUCAAGCCAGGAUUUGCUGAUGCCUUCCUGAACCAAGGGAAUGUUUACAAGGCAUUGGGCAUGCCUCAGGAGGCAAUCAUGUGCUAUCAGCGUGCUUUACAAUCACGUCCAGAUUAUGCAAUGGCUUAUGGAAAUCUUGCUAGUACAUAUUAUGAACAAGGUCAGCUGGAGUUAGCAAUAAUGCACUACAAACAAGCUAUCACAUGUGAUUCAGGGUUUGUGGAGGCAUACAAUAAUCUGGGAAAUGCCCUAAAAGAUGCUGGGAGAGUGGAAGAGGCUAUCAAUUGUUAUCGGUCGUGUCUAGCUUUCCAGCCUAGCCAUCCACAAGCACUCACAAACCUUGGAAAUAUAUAUAUGGAAUGGAAUAUGUUGAGUUCAGCUGCUUCAUUUUACAAGGCCACGUUGUCUGUAACCACCGGGUUGUCUGCUCCUUUCAGCAACUUGGCAAUAAUUUAUAAACAACAGGGAAACUAUGCUGAAGCUAUAGCAUGCUACAAUGAGGUUCUUCGAAUAGAUCCUUUGGCAGCUGAUGGCCUUGUAAAUAGGGGAAACACUUUCAAGGAGAUUGGUAGAGUUAGUGAAGCAAUCCAAGAUUAUAUGAGAGCUGUUUCUAUCAGACCUACAAUGGCAGAAGCUCAUGCAAAUUUGGCUUCAGCUUACAAAGAUAGUGGGCAUGUGGAUCAAGCUAUAUUGAGUUAUCAACAGGCGUUGCUUCUUCGUCCUGAUUUUCCAGAAGCUACUUGUAAUCUAUUACACACGUUACAGUGUGUGUGUGAUUGGGAUGAUCGGGACAAGAAGUUUACUGAAGUGGAGGGAAUCAUUAGGAGGCAGAUAAAGAUGUCAGUCCUUCCAAGUGUGCAACCGUUUCAUGCAAUAGCAUAUCCAAUUGAUCCUCUUCUCGCCUUAGAGAUCAGCCGGAAGUAUGCAGCACAUUGCUCUUUGAUUGCCUCUCGCUAUGCACUUCCAGCAUUUAACCAUCCCCUUCCAAUUCCUGUGAAGAUGGAUGGUGGUAGUAGGCGGCUAAGAGUUGGUUAUGUAAGUAGUGACUUUGGUAAUCACCCUUUGUCCCAUCUUAUGGGCUCAGUUUUUGGGAUGCACAAUCAGGAACAUGUUGAGGUCUUCUGUUAUGCCUUAAGUCAAAAUGACGGGACUGAAUGGAGACAGCGCACUCAAUCUGAAGCUGAGCACUUCAUUGACGUGUCCUCAAUGACAUCUGAAGUGAUUGCUAGGAUGAUCAAUGAGCAUAAGAUACAGAUUUUAGUCAACCUUAAUGGUUAUACUAAGGGUGCAAGAAAUGAAAUUUUUGCCAUGCAACCAGCACCUAUCCAGGUUUCCUACAUGGGUUUCCCUGGGACCACUGGUGCUAAUUACAUUGACUAUUUAGUUACUGAUGAGUUUGUUUCUCCUACUCGUUUCUCACAUAUUUAUUCGGAGAAGCUUGUCCAUCUUCCACAUUGUUACUUUGUCAAUGAUUAUAAGCAGAAAAACCGUGAUGUUCUGGAUGCUGUCUGUCGGCAUAAGCGUUCAGAUUAUGGGUUACCUGAAAACAAGUUUCUUUUUGCAUGCUUCAACCAGCUUUACAAGAUGGAUCCUGAUAUAUUUAACACUUGGUGCAAUAUUCUGAAGCGUGUCCCUAAUAGUGCUCUUUGGCUGCUGCGAUUUCCUGCAGCUGGUGAGAGGAGACUGCGUGAUCAUGCUAGGAGACAAGGGGUGAGGGAUGAUCAAAUCGUAUUCACAGACGUCGCCAUGAAGAAUGAACAUAUCAGGCGUGGUGCUUUGGCUGAUCUUUUUCUUGAUACGCCUCUGUGCAACGCCCACACUACGGGUACAGAUAUAUUGUGGGCUGGUCUGCCAAUGAUAACGCUUCCAUUGGAGAAAAUGGCUACAAGAGUGGCUGGUUCUUUAUGUCUCGCCACUGGUGUUGGAGAGGAGAUGAUCGUUGGCAGCUUGAAAGAGUACGAAGAAAAGGCAGUUGCUUUUGCCCUCAAUCCUGUGAAGCUCCAUACACUUCGCAAUAGACUUAAAGCGGCUAGACUAACCUGUCCUCUAUUUGACACAGCACGAUGGGUUCGAAACUUGGAGCGAUCAUACUAUAAAAUGUGGAAUUUAUACUGCUCUGGUGGACAUCCGCAGCCGUUCAAAGUGACUGAGAAUGAUAAUGAAUUUCCAUACGACAGAUAAUUUUAGGGAAUGAGGUUCUGUAAAUAGGGUUUAGUCCGCAGAAUACGUUUUAUAUUUGGUUGUCCAAAUGAUGCAUUGGGAUGUGUAUAUUAUUACUCACACUACCCUAUUGUGGAUGGAAACCAGGAGAUUGUUUUAAUGGACAAACGGCUAUAGUGAGCUGCUCCAUAUGCUGGAGACCCCUGCUUGUUGGGAGUAGAGACAUGUUCGUAGAGGUGAAGAAGCCUGCUGCUUCUCCUGUUGAUACUUGGCAAUAUUUUAAAUAAUUGUACUAUUAUGUACACUUUAUAUAUAAAUUAUUUGGGGGUUUUCAUAUGUUUCA